GCAGCCCCGUGUCUCCCACCAUCAGCCCUCAUCCCACAGGAUGGAGGAGAGACCUCCCAGCCGCCCCAGGGUGGCCUGGGGAGAGAGUGGGGCUCCCCAGGAGAGUAGACCUCCGCUGGAGCCCUACGAGGUGACCGAGGUGCAGUCGCUGCAUAGUGAUGCUGACUGCCUUCCCCUCUAUGCAGAGGAGGAGAAUGAAGAUACAGAGGAGAAGGAGGCCGUAGAUAUCAUAGAACGCUUCCUCAGGAGUACAGAAAAGGAGGAGAUGCUCAAGAUGUUGUUUCUGGAAAGCAUCUGCAGCAUUUGCAGAAUCAGCAAAAAGAACGGCUUGUGUGAGAGCCUGGCUAUUUUCUGCCGUGAGAGGAACUUGGCAGAGGAAGUCAAGGAGCUGCUGGAAAACGAGCCCAUGGACCAGCUGCGCACAGCAGUGCGGUACCAAGCCAUGCUUGCAAUCGCCGCCUUGAGUGAAAUGAAGGCAAUUUCAGAGGAAGAAAUAAUACGUCUUUCACAUGCGUGCUUCAAAGCCAUCUUCUGCCUUCCUCCAAAAGAGGACCUGAACAUCUGCCUUUACAAUCAAACCAUGCGUGCUAUGGAGAAAAUGCUGCAGAGUCUGCUGGUCAGCCAUCACACCUCUAACAGAGAUAAGCUGCAGAACAUCUUGGAGGUGCUGCUGCUCUAUACCAGCUCCCAGACAAAAACUGUGCGUGAGAGGGCCAUGGAGCAGAUCUCGAAGCUUUAUUGUUUCUGUCAGGAGCCAUUUGGAAAACUCCUCCAACCUUCUCAGAGGACAGACAUCGUCCUCAUGGCCCUUGAAAAGACCACUGAAGACUGCGCUGUUGAGGACAGUGAGUGGUCCGAAAUUCUACUGGAUAUGGUCCUGAGUCAGCCUAGCGACUGGCUGAUGGAUGCACCAGUGAUUGUGAGGUUCAUCCACAGACACCUGAAAAGCAACAGCACAUCAAUUCAAGAGACUCUUUUCUCUGUGCUUGAAGUGCUGGCCUACGAGUUUCCCAGAGAUGUGCUGAUGAGUGUGUUGAUCCACCUUCCACAGAAUGACAGCACUAUGGAUAUGUGGAAGAAUAUUAUUUACUGCACACAGUCAUCAGAGAGCAUCUUAGAAGAGCUGUGCACUGUGCUCGUAGAGGAAGAAAUCUGUGGGAUACCCAUAGAAGAGUUGGACCUCCUUCGCCUGACUGUGCCACAGAUUCUUGAGUCCAUCCAUAGAAACCUAAAACAAAGCCUGCAUCAUGUCAGCAGACUCUCUUGUUAUUGUUGGAUACGUUGGUCAGCUGGUUUCCCAGAGAUGUGCUGACGAGUGUGUUGAUCCACCUUCCACAGAGUGACAGGUACCAGCCCUGACAGCCCUGCGGUCUUCUUCCUUUGAAGGCUUAGUGAUGCUCUGGCUACCAGAGCCACGCAAAGCUGCAGGACAUCCCUGAGGAGCAGGCCCUUCAUUCCGCUGUGCUUUCCAGCACUGGUUGGCCAGUCAGGGCUGCAGCAGCCAAGACAGCCCAGGGCUCCCAUCAGUCUCCUGAUAGAACAUUGCUCUUCGUUUGCAGCACUACUCUGGUCAUGUGGAAGAGUGUGCUUUCCUCCACGUGGUCAUCAGAGAGAAUCAUAGAAGUGCUAUACGUUGUGCUCAAGAUGGACGUUCUGUGCAGGAUACCCAUAGAAGAGUUGGACCUCCUUCGCCUGACUGUGAGUUACCAGACGAUGCACUGUGCUUUCAUUCAGGGCUCUUUUUCCCCCUGCUUCCCCUGUGCUGCCCCCCAGAAUGGGAAGCUGGGAAAGGUAGGGGUAGAGUCAAAGGUCACGGAUGGAGGACCAGGGAGAGCCAUUGCCUCUGUACAGGCUGAAGAGGCUGCAGGACUGGAGAGGAGAAGUGCCUGUGGCCAUCCACAUCUGGUGCCAAUUUUGUGCCAGUUCCUGCAGGUCAAUUGCUUUUCAGAGGCAUGGGAGCAAGAGGCUGUGGCUGGUCAGAGGGGCAGGAGAAGCAGGCCUUGUCCCCAGCAGCUUGGUUAUUCUUAGUGAUGUGAGGCCUCUGUACAGGGGACCUGCUCAGCUUCUGUACAGCAGAGCAUCUGCUGCCAAGGGUUUCUUUCAGGCCCUCCACUGCUCCCUUUGCUGCCAGCACCAGGCAUUCUCGCCAGGUGCCGCAGCAGGGAGGUGGAGGCUAAGCAGGCAGCGUGUGCCCCUGUGGCACUGCUGAGGACUGGUCCUGUUUCCUCCUUGUCCCAGUGCCUGGGGAGCUCUGCUUUGACCAUUUUGGGUGGCAGGAGAACACUCUGAGGCACAGACAACCCGUGAUUGAAAGUUGUUGCAUUCCUUUGUGUGAACACACAACACAUUGGUGCAGAGUAUGCCUCUGAAGCAUCUCCCUCUGCAUCAGCCAUGCUAAUGAUAUGGCCUGCUCUCCACAGCUCUUGGGCACCUGAAGCCAUUUUAAGCCAGCACUGAACAGUGGCAGGAGCAGUAGUAUCAUUGGCAGCGGGGCAACUGGCUGUAGUACAGUUGCAGCAAUAUUCUUCCUGUGUUCUCCCAACAGGUGCCACAGAUUCUUGAGUCCAUCCAUAGAAACCU